AUGUCACAACAUCAAAAUACUUCUGCUUCAAAAAUUACUAAGUCUACUCAAAAGGUUAGCGCUCCUCCUAUGAACAUUCCCGAUGAUGAGAUUCUGGAUGUGGUUCCUCUCUCAGUUAUUCCUUGCGAGGCCAUUGAUUUGAACCAUCCUAUUGAUGCCUCAGCUUCGGCAUGCUCUGAUCAAGGUAACUCCUCUUGUAUUCCUUCUGGUUCAACUCCUACCACAAAUUCUAAGGAAGAUAUACACCACACUGAUCGUGUUAUAAGAAACCUAGUCACUAGAAUCCUUAAUGAAGGACAUUCUGUGAAGGGAUUUUCUACUCCCCUGUCUCAAAUUCACCCCUCUCCUGAGGCUGAACAACAUAGUGAGAAGGAUGACGAUUCCUCCAGUUCUAAAAAGGACAUGGUUGCUGAAGGGUUGUGCUCUCUAGGGCAAACUGUGUCUGAUAAAGGAAAAUUUGUGCCACCUAAAACUGCCAAUGCUUCCUACUCUAAGAAGCAUAAUGAUGCAUACAAUGUGAUUAACCUAGAGGAUGAUAGAAGGGUGGUUGUGGAAAGGGAGUUGGGAAAAGAUGUUGUUGAUGUCAAGGAGGUCAUGGACCUGAUAAAGGCUGUUGGGUUGUUGAAGACUGUGGCUGGGUUCUCUCAAUGCUAUGAAGGUUUUGUUAAGGAAUUCAAUGUCAACAUUCCUGAGGAUAUUGCUGAUAAGAACAAGGAAUUUUGUAAGGUGUUUGUGAGGGGAAGAAAAAUUGAGGGUGCAGGUGAACUGGAAGCUACAAACAAUGAGGUCUGUAGAGAGAUUACAGCUAGGCAGGUGAAAGGUUGA